AAUUUAAAAAUACUGAAUUUUACCGGUCUGGUCUUUUAUUUCUUAAUCAGCCGGAAAAAUGUUCGCGAAAUGAUGUUUGGGAAUUACCGUCGGCUAUCCUUAAUUUUCCCUACCAAGUAUCGCUCAGGACAAAUAUUAGUCUUUCUCGAGACCUUUUUGAAAGCCAAGUUAAGGAAAACGUUGAAACCCAAGAAAAAGUUUUUUGGAUAAAAAACUUAAAACCACACAUUAUAAAAAAGGCACUUUAUAAGUUUGAUUUUUAUUCAUUUUCUAAUUUAAAAAAAUGGUUUCCCAACUUGGAAAAACUGGAUGAAUUUAUUAAAAACGAAAAAUAUUUGGGAGGAGUGAAAAUAACUGUUUCUGGUCUGAAAUCUCAACUCCAAGAAUUAAAACCGGAGGACGAAAUUAACAUUUUAACAAAAACUAUCGGGCAAAUUACUUCUAGUUUGGCUUCCAACAGUCCUGAAUUCAGAGGAAGUAAAGAAUUUAAACACAUCUUAUUAAAAGAGAAAAUUGUUGAUAAAGAACUUAAUUUUGCCCCAAAUGAAAAUUGUUUUGGAACUUCUGAGGAAAAAUAUUUUGUGAAAUAUAUUAAUAAAAUAUAUGAUAAACUUCAAGAAAAAUACGACCAAAUUUAUUUAGUCCGGAAUGAGCGUUUUUUUAAACUUUACAAUUUUGAAGACGGAAAAUCUUUUGAGCCUGAUUAUGUGCUAUUUUUGCAGCAAAAAAAGCCUUCUAAAAAAUUGUAUUAUCAAGUAUUUAUUGAGCCAAAAGAAGAACAUAAAGUAGAAAAAUUAUGGGAAGAUAAAGAAUAUAAAGUUUGGGGCCUGCCAUUUUAUAAUAAAAUGGAGGAAAAUGAAUUUGACCGAAAAUUUA